CCGCCUGCGGUUCCUUGCCCGCACCCCGCCACAAAGGGGGUGAAAUGGGGGAGGGUUCGAGCCCUGGCCCCGGGCCUCCGGCCCGUCUCUCCAGCAGCCCCGCAGCAGCCCCUGGGGCGCCUGGCCUGGGAAGCGCUGGGACGGGCUGGGUGCGGCACCCUUGGGCCCAGCUUCGUCCCUCACCCCCUGCUCCGGUGGCCGCCGGCUCUGGCUGCUCGCCUGCCCUCUCGCAGCCCGGCUGUGACUUCGAGCCCCGGGCUCGGGGCUGGAGCCGCCGACGCCACCGUCGAGGCACGUUGUUGCUCUCCUGUUUCCUGGCUGACCCGUCCAGACCCCUGGGCCGGAGGACGGGUAAAGGGGGAAGGCGCUCGAGGCCUUUCCCUGCGGCCUGAAGUCCGGGCGGGCUCAUCAGCUUCAUGCCCAGAUGCGCAACUGGCCCCGGGAAAGAUGCAAACGCCCGGGCGCCCGCCACAGCCCCGAGAAACAGGCCAACGAGCCGGGAACGAGUUCACGCUGAGGGGUCAGGCGUGUCAGUCAUUUAUCUACGUGGAGCCCUGGGACCAAUCACAAGCGGUGGAAGCUGGGCUGCCUCCUGCCUCGGUGCCCAAAGCUGAGCUGUAGAGGAACCAAGAUGUCGGCGGGUCAGAGUCAGAAAGUUGAGACCUGGGACAAAUGCACCUUGCAAGAGCUGAAGGUGCCAUUUGCCAGGACUGAAAUUGGGACCUUUUUCCAAGAGCAGCCCAGGAUUGGAAAUCAGUACCUAGAAGAUGCUUUCCUUCAGCGUUACUUGAAAACACGCCUGCCACCCCAGGUGCUGGAGAAGGUGAGUCUGGAUCUGGAGAGGUUUGGGGCCCGUGUGGCAGCCGAGAUUGACGCUCUGGGGCAUGAGUGCGAGUUGAAUCCUCCUGCACUGCAGCACUAUGAUGCUUGGGGGCGGCGUGUGGACCACAUUGUCACUUGCCCAGCCUGGAAGAGGAUGAAGGAGAUUGCAGCAGAGGAGGGGCUGAUUGCUGAGGCCUACGAGAGGAGAUACUCCAACUGGAGCCGUGUGUACCAGGUUGCCAAGCUGUACUUAUACGCGCCCUCCGCUGGCCUCUUUACCUGCCCACUGGCCAUGACUGAUGGAGCAGCUAAAGUCAUUGAGUCUCUUGGUCUUUCAGGGCCUCUAGUGAAAGCUUUUGGCCACCUGACAUCACGCGAGCCCAGGAAGUUCUGGACCUCUGGCCAGUGGAUGACGGAACGCAAAGGAGGCUCUGAUGUCGCUAGUGGCACAGAGUCAGUGGCCAGAGAGCAGCCAGAUGGCACAUAUUGCCUCUACGGUUUUAAAUGGUUUACAUCAGCCACUGAUUCAGACAUGACGCUGACCCUGGCAAGGAUCAUGGAUGCUCAGGGACGUGUAGAACAGGGCUCCAGAGGCCUGUCCCUGUUCUUCUUGGAGGUGCGAGAUAAGGAGGGGAAGCUGAAUGGCAUUGAGGUGCAAAGGCUAAAGGAGAAGCUGGGGACGAGGCAGGUGCCAACAGCUGAGCUGCUGCUGGAUGGAGCCCAGGCACACCGGAUCUCUGCAGAGGGUCGGGGUGUGGCUUCCAUUGCCAACAUGUUGACCAUAACUAGGAUCCACAAUGUCAUCUCAGCAGUGGCUGGCAUGAGGAGGAUGAUUAACCUGGCCAGAGAGUAUGCCAGCAAGCGGGUUGUCUUUGGGAAGCUCAUCAAGGACCAUCCCUUGCACAUGUAGACCGUGGCCCGGCUGGAGGUGGAAACUCGAGGGGCCUUUCUCAUGCUCAUGGAGAUAGCCAGGCUGCUGGGAUUAGAGGAGACCAAGAUGGCCAGUGAGCAGGACCUGCAUCUUCUCAGGCUGCUGACACCAGUCGCUAAGCUCUACACUGGGAAACAGGCAAUUGCUGUUAUUUCUGAGGGACUGGAGUGUUUUGGAGGGCAGGGCUACAUGGAGGACACAGGCUUGCCAGUUGCACUUCGAGAUGCCCAGGUGCUGACCAUCUGGGAGGGAACGACAAAUAUCCUCUCACUUGACGUGCUGCGCUCUCUCACCAAAAGCCAAGGCCAGGUGCUAGAUGCAUUCUGCUCUGGAGUGCAGGGGAAGCUAGAGCUGGCUUCCAGCAUUUCAGAACUGGAAUCUUCUGUGCAGCUACUUCAGGAUGCUCUCAACAGGCUUGGCCAGUUCACUCAAAGAGUUGGCUCCAAGGGGGCAGUUGCAAUGGAGCUAGCAGCAAGAGACUUUGCCUACACUCUGGCAAGGAUCUACACAGGGGCUCUCUUACUCGAACACGCAGCCGGGCCUGACGCCUGCUCCACAGACACCUACGCAGCUCAGAGGUGGUGUAAACAGGAUCUUUGCCCAGUAGACUCAGAAGAAAAAGCUGGCUGUUAUGAUGCCAAGGCAGCUUCCCGGGAUAUCUCCUUGGUUUAUGAGAGAAGCCCUGUUUUGAAAGGAAAGCUAUGACUUCACUGAAGCUAACUGAGAAAAACUGUUGAAGCUAACUCACUUUGGAAGAGAAAUUGGAUUACAAUCCUGGCCAGCGCCUGGGGCAUCCAGUACAAAUUGCAUUUGCUUAUAAUAUGCUUAAUAUUUAGGGUUAUGCUAAACAAAUUGACUAUGACCAUCUGAGUAUCACCGAUAGUCUCUUUCAGGAGGAGUUGAAAAGAAACGUGCUUAGAAUGUUUUAGCAAACACCUGGUGGUCAAAUGUAGAUCAUGAAUUUAAUAAGCAGACUCUGAAGUGCUAAUGAGUAUUCUUUUCAACACUGAGACAAAGAAAAAAACCAAAGCUACAUCUGAAGCCUGGUCUCAAACACAAAAGUCGCAAAAGUUUAUAAAAUGGGAUUUUAACUUUGCAACACCACUUCCCUGCCCCCUCUCUCUGAGCUAACACCCUACAUCUGCAAUGCUGCCUCCAGCAGCUUUGUGUCAGUGGAGAGUUCCCCUCCACAAGGGCAUUCUCCACUGGCCACUUUAGCCACACGAAUCUGGCUCCAAGGCUCUAGCAUAACUUGAGAACAUAAGUCCCAUCUACACUGUGAUGUAACUAGGUUUCUCAACUCAGCAGUUUUCAUCUUAACAUAUGAUAUGGUCCUUUGUAAUAGGUCCUGAUUGCAGCUGGGUAGCACAAAGGACCAUAUCAUAUAUUAAGAUGAAAACUUUAUAUUAUCCUGUAACUGAACCGAGAGCCAAGCUAGCUAACCAUUGUGUAGUAUUUCGGCUAGCUGUGCUUGUGAUUUCCUCUUUAAUUUCUUCCUUGUAACAAAUAAUUUUUGCUUUAACUUAAGAUAAUUGGAUUUAAGAUAACAUGGAGACUUUAAGCUGGGAAUGCCUCUUGUUGGGGGCCUUGGAAAAUAGGACACUGACCUCUGAGGAAGCUGAGUCUGGAGUAGACGUAAUGGUUUGAGCAUCUGGCCAGAUGAGGAAAGAUGAGAUCCUCUUUCUCAGGCAAUGCCAAAAAGAGACAGAUAUCAGUCAGCAAGGUUAUAGGAGGGUGCUUGGCAGAGUUCCAGUCACCCUAUGGAUAGGUCUGAAAGAAAUGGUUACAUUUUAUUAGUGAGGAAGUGUACGCAAAGAAUUGUUAAAUAGAAACUUGAUGCUAUUGAGACAUGCGUGUCACAAGACAGCCUGAUGCAGAGAAGUACCUUCGGGCAAGUCUACUCUACAAAAUGAAGUUGACCUAAGUUAUGUCGACGUACGGCCACCGCAGUAAUUGUAUCUGUUUUACAUGUCCACAUGACGCUCCUUGUGUCGGCAGUGCACAUCCUCACCUGGAGUGCUUGCACCAAUUUAACUGCCAGUGUGGGACACUGUGGGACAGUUCCUGACAGGCAGUAACAGUCAAUGUAAGCAACGCAAUGUCUACAAUGUCACUUUGUCAACCUAACUAUGUGACAGGUUGGAUCACAGAAACCCCCUUGGGACGACCACCUAAUGUGCCAAGAAUACUUCUGCUCCUGCUUUCCCUGCCAGCUGGGGACUCCAGCACCCUGUCUUGCUGAGCCAGACAAGCCAGUCUGCUCCAACACAGACCCAGGGUCUGAACCAUGGGCCCCAAAGCUGCAGACUUAACUGAAAGCAGCUUAAGAAAUGUUCCUGUCUUUAACACUCAGAUGCCCAACUCCCAAUGAGGUCCAAACCCCAAAUAAAUCUGCUUCUAAAGCUUAUACAGGGUAAACUCAUAAAUUGUUCGCCCUUUAUAACACUGAUAGAUAUGCAGAGCUGUUCCCCCCCCCCCCC